AUGAGUACCGGCCAGCGUCAGCUCUCCCCGAGCUCUCGCGCCCAUCUACCCAAUGGCCACUUCCCCGUGCUGCAAAGGGCACACUAUGAGCCGCCCUGGUCCAACACCUCCAUAAUCGGAGUCGCCGGUUCUUCGGGUUCCGGGAAAACAUCGCUGUCCCUCGCCAUCAUCAACCAGCUGAGCUUGCCUUGGGUCGUGCUCAUGAGCAUGGACAGCUUCUACAUCCCGCCUCAAGGCGAGCAGCUCCAGGCCGCGUUUCGAAAUGAGUACGACUUCGACAGUCCGAAGGCCAUUGACUUUGAUCUUCUCGUGGAGAAGUUGGCAGAAAUCAAAGCUGGCAAGAAGACCGACAUUCCGGUGUAUUCCUUUGAGAAGCAUGCCCGGCUAGCGCACACCACGAGUAUCUACUCCCCCCAUGUUCUGAUCUUGGAAGGCAUCUUCGCCCUUCAUGAUCCACGAGUCCGAGAUAUGCUGGAUCUAAAGAUCUUUUGCGAGGCCGAGAGUGAUCUCUGCCUGUCGCGGCGGCUCAUCCGCGAUAUCCGUGAACGUGGACGCGAUAUCGAGGGCGUGAUUAAACAGUGGUUUGCCUUUGUGAAGCCGAACUUCACCAAGUACGUUGAACCGCAAAGAAACGUUGCAGAUCUCAUCGUACCCAGAGGCAUCGAGAACAAGGUCGCAAUCAGCAUGGUGUCUGACCGCAUCCACAAGACGCUGAAAGAAAAGUCAAAAGAACAUCAACAAAAGCUGCGACAUUUGGGUCAGGUCAGCGAAGACAUGGCAUUGUCCGACCACAUCAAUAUCCUGGAGCACACCAACCAAGUCCGUGGCAUCAACACCAUUCUCAUGGACCCUGAUCUGGAUAGAGAAGAGUUCAUCUUCUAUUUCGAUCGACUUGCUGUCAUGCUCAUCGACAAAGCAACAGAAGUGGGCACACGUUUCAAGCCUUGUGCAGUUCAUACGCCAGUCCCGGACGAGAUCUACCAAGGCCUUCAAGUGGACGGCGAAGUCAGCGCGGUAGUCAUCCUGCGAGGCGGCUCCUGUCUGGAAACCGGCCUGAAACGCGUCAUUCCAGAUUGUCGCACGGGAAGAAUACUGAUCCAGACGAAUGUGCGCAUUGGAGAGCCGGAACUGCACUUCCACAGUCUGGUAGAAGAUCUGGCCGAGUAUCGAUGCGUUAUGCUAUUGGAUCCACAGAUGAGCAGCGGCGGGGCGGCGCUGAUGGCAGUGCGAGUGCUACUCGACCAUGGAGUCAAAGAGGAUAGGAUCGUGUUUGUCACCUACAUGGCUGGCAAGAUGGCUCUGAACAGGUUGAUGAGCGUUUAUCCUGAGAUCAAGGUGGUGGUGUGCAGGAUUGUGGAGGAUUUGGAGCCGCGGUGGGUGGAGGAGAGGUACCUUGGCUGUUGA